AUGGCGCCUAGUUCGCUAUCCGCUGGUAGGAUGCACCAGCACGUCCCUCUCGACCCAGAUUCGCUAUACGUCUGCACCGUGCAACUCGCUACAGGCGCCUUUCAUUGGGCCAUCAUCAUCACCGACGCCAACUCCAGAGCCGUUCGCCAUCAUUGGUAUCAAGUCUCUGGCCGGCCGUAUGCGGAAACGUACGGCUCUCAGACGGUAACGCCAGCCACGCGUACAGGAAACAGUGCAGUGCUGGGAUACUACAAGUUGGAGGGAUACGUGCCGUGCUGCGACUUUAUCGACAUUUGUCGUAGUGUCUUCACGAGCUACGCCACAGUCGACGAGAAUCGUGUUGAUGGGUCUGUACGACAAGGGAAGCUUUCCAGGGCGCAGAGAGAAUCGGUCCGAGUUUAUUAA